AUGGAUUCUACGAGCGGCGCCGCGCAGGUAGGAGCGGCAGCCGCAGCGGUGGCGCAGACCCCUGACCAAGAGGCCCCGUUUCCGUACUUCAUCACACUGUUCUUUGUGCCAGUGCUGGUGAAGGAUUACCUAGUGAAGCAGCAUGGCGCAACCUUGCAGCUGAGCGAGAUCGACGUGACUUCCAUGACGGCCGUGCGGCUGGCAGUACCGGAGGUGGAGGUCCAAUGCCAACACCGCACCACCGGCUUCGGCUUCGACUUCCGAGUUCACCCCUCCUUCAAGACGACGGAGGGGGUGGAGGUGGACUUGACAGUGCCGCAUUGGGCUGAUGGCGGCGGCAGACCUAACGCUACCCUGUCUUUCCUCGCCAACACCGCCCGCCUGGGCGAGACCGUCUUGCAGGAUCUUCGACGGCUCAGCACGAUCAUGAGCAAAGUGGUUCUGGAGCUGUCGAGCGCCGCGCAUCAAGCCUACGUGCGGCGCAACAAGGGGUUUCAUAUGUACGCCGUGCACGUCUGGUCGCUGGUGCGGGCACAAUGCGUCAUUGCCCGCGACGCCCUGCUGCCCCACCUCGAACGUUCUCGCUUGCUGGAGAACAUUAUGGGGGACUUGGUUGUGUACCAGUUCCAGCAGAUGGCGAGCCAUGCAUCGCCGCCGCAAAAGCACGUCAUUCGAGACAAGUGCGUCACCUUCAUGACAGCCGAGGUGCAGCUCUGCCGACAGCUGGACCAUGUGAUGGAGGGCAUCGACGCGGUUUGUCGCGGCAUUCACACAUUGCUGACCCGCAUGUAUACCGUAAUGAAGGAGCUCGCGCAGCCAAAGGUGCACCGAGGAGAGGAGCACAGGCGCUCACGGCAGAGUCGCCUGCAGUUCAGCGUGCGGAUGUUCCGAGCACGCCAGCAGGAACACCGGGACUCAUGCGUGCACAACGCGCACGACUCGGGUGCUACAUCACCAGAUGGGACGACGCCGUCGUCGCGCACUCGCACGGGGGUGAUCCGGUCGCUUUCACGGAGGUCGCCACGCGCUGGCGCGGCCUCGGUCGAAGCGGAAGCACCACCAUCGCAGCUUCCUCGCAGAGUUGCGGACACCGUUCCCGACCCUAUCCUCAGAGAUAGUCCCAGAGAGCCGGACUGCAGUUUUCGCGGGCAGGUUGCGGAGCAUGGUGCGAUGACGCGCACGCUUACGGAGGCGGUGCUCUCUAUCCUCCGGUGCUUCAUGCAGGCCCGCAUGUGGGAGUGGUCGCUGAGCAACACCUGCAUUCGGGAGUGCGGUCUCAGUGAGGGGGACCGGCGCACGCUGCUGGCGGCCGAAGAGGAGCUGCAACUCAUCACGGACAACCUUCUGCACAGCAUGUGGGCAUACUCGCGCAUGACCUACAUUCUCGAAGUGGAGCAGGACGCCGCCGGUCCGGCGUCCUCGCUGGAUAUCCUGAUGGAUGCUGAGACGCUUGACCUGCUGGACAGUGCGCUGGAGUGCCCCAUGUAUGAUCACAGUGAGGUCUUUGAGUCCCUAAAGGCCCUCUCACAGCUGCGCGCGCGGUUUGUGGCCUCCAGCGCCGCUGCUACGAUUGUGGCCCGAAAUCCGGAAACACAACAGGAGCUCUUGAGCAUGAUGAGUUCCGUCUUGAGCACCACCAUGGCGCACCAGACCACAGUGUUGCGCCUCGUAGUCGAGGCAGCCACCUCCCUGGAUGAGCGCUACGCCACCUACCUCCGCACGCGUCAGAUGAACCCCACCGUUGGCGAGCGGCCGUCCCCGAGUGAGGACACGCUCCUGGCGGUUGACGUGCUGAAGCUGCUGCAGCGCCAGAGCGGCCAGAAGCUGGCUGACGACCUCGCCGUAAUGUUAAAAACGACGGACCACCACGACGACGGCAGCCUAAGAGGUGCUCACGCUCGACAAGGUUUUCCUCGCGCGGACAUCUUGGCGAUGACGCAGGGCAGCUGUGUGUCUGAUACGUCGAACACCCCUGCUAGCGACGGCGCUGCGCCGCGGCCGCACUGUCCAUUUCUCGCUGACUUUUCGUUGCGUGAUACAGCGCUGUGUUCAUGUCAGGCCUUCGGCGAGGCUCUCGUGCGCGCGGCACAUGGCGAGCAUCUCCAGGCCGGAUCCGCCCCUGAAGCCCAACACCAAGAGCAGUGGUCUGGAGAGCAGGUGAGCGAUGCUGAGGUUGCCGCGGGGGCGGCCGCUGAGGUGCCCUCUCCGCCUCCAGUGGCACCGGAGCGUUCCACAAUGUCGAUAGAGGGAACCGUCUCCGGACGAACGGAAGAAACGGCACCAAGGAUAUUGCUGUCGUCUACUACAUCCUUGCGAACAGUGGACGUUGAUACGCAGGGAAACGCAUUGGCGUUAUACACUGAAGCCCCCGUUGCAGCUACCUUCGCGCACGACGAGGAAGACAGCAUCGCACGAGGCGAAGACGCCCCACACCGUGAACCGCUGUUUGCGGCGGACGCCGACGCGUCUGUUGUGACCUUGACGCGAGUCUCACCGUCCGAGGCAGACGUUGACGGUAUUCGGAAAGCAGCAAAGCUCUUUGGGGCUGCCUUUCAGCUGCCAGCGACCACCACAUCAGUGGGACGACGGCGGCUCAUUUUGCUGCCCUUUUACCGCGGGGAGUGUGUGUACAAGGGAGUGUCGACCCCGUUCUACGUGGACGGGCAGAUGGGCACCGUGUUUAUGGACCCCCGAGCUCUCUCCGCUGCAGGGAAGCGCCAGUACGCGCUCGAGGUGCUCAGCUCGCCGCUAUUCUUCAUCCUCUUGAACUCAACUCUAGGCGUCUUUCUGCACCGACGGUACAAGCUGGAGAUCAUGCUCAAGUGA